CUGUCUGACUCGGCUGUCAAAUGCCAAAUCAUCACUUUGUAUAACUUACAUUUACAAUGUUUUCAGUUUUAUUUUAACUUUUAAGUUUUCCCACUGUGUAAAAUAUUAGCUAGCUAAUCACCUAUUGGUCAAAUAUUCAAAUUAUUGUAACAAGCGAAACUUUACGUAUUAUUAUCAAUAAUAGAACUUCCAAGUUUCAAUUUACAAAACGGUGCAUUUAAUCACAAUUAGAAGAGUAAAUUUUUCACUGUAAACCAUAGCAACUUAAAGCAACCUUGUGUGGAGAUAUUAACUCCAAUUGAAUCAUGUAUAUAGUACACGAAGGAGAAAUUCUACUCAAAGAAAAAUAUGGCUCAAUGGCCAAAGAAAGAUAUUAUAUUAAACCUCCUGAACAAGCAAACAUUGUAGUCUUGGAUGAGGAGAACACAAAUAAUGUUACCAGUUGGUUUACUAAGAUACUUCUGCCCCAAGGAUAUCCCGACAGUGUCAGUGAAGAUUACAUAGCUUAUCAAAUAUGGGACACGGCUCAGGCAUUCUGUAGUACCAUAAGUGGUACUCUUGCAACCCAAGCAGUACUUACAGGAGUUGGUGUUGGGGACACUACUGCAACUCCACUGUCGGCCACCAUAACAUGGGUUGUUAAGGAUGGAUUUGGACAUUUGGGCAGAAUAUUAUUUGCAUAUUCUCAUGGUACAUAUCUGGAUGCAUACAGUAAGAAAUGGAGACUAUGUGCUGACUUUUUAAAUGAUAUAGCAAUGUGUAUCGAACUGACUUUGCCACUGUUUAGAAAUCACACCACUGCUAUAUUAUGUACCAGUACUGUAUUAAAAGCUAUUGUUGGUGUAGCAGGUGGAGCCACUAGAGCUGCGAUGACGCAACACCACGCGCUCCGUGGGAACUUGGCUGAUGUAUCUGCCAAAGAUUCAGCACAGGAAACCGCUGUUAAUCUUAUCGCUUCAUUUACUGCUCUUUUCAUCAUCUCUCUUUUUGGGGAUUCCAUUCUCAUUUUUAUUCUAAUGAUAAUACUGCAUAUAAUUUUCAAUUAUUUUGCUGUGAGAGCAGUGUGCUUAAAGACGUUAAACGAACCCAGGUUUUUGCAACUAAUUGACGUAUAUCUUAAGAAUGAAGUAAUUGCUUCUGUUUCUGAUAUAAAUAGAGAAGAACCAAUCUUCUUUUAUCAGAUGGGACCUAAUAUGUUAGAUGAGAAGUUAUGUGGAUUUACAAUUAAACUCGGACAAUCGAUAAAAGAUGUCGCAAAGGAUAGUCCAAACGCAAUACACAUGAAACGAGUCAAAGAGAUUUAUGAAGACAGAAGUUAUAUGUUACUACCUGAUGUCCAACAGAAAGUAAUGUUCGUACUGCUUAGAGAGAAUGUGACCUCAGCAGAUAUAUUGUGUGCAUACUUCCACGCCGUGCUACUUUCAAUUACCAUCUGUGCUAUAAAUGGUGAACCAUUGGCAAUUUUGGAAAAAACUGCAAAUCUAAAUCCUUUUGCGAAGAUUUGUUUCACGUUGAAAUCAGUUGAGUGGAGCCGGGAAGAAAUAAAUGGUACCUUGCCUAGCGGAUUGAGAUACGCGCCUUCCUACGAUUUGAUGAAACAUGUUGAUAAAAUUGUACAAAAAGAAUGGAAUAGAAUUGAUCCUGCUUUGAAACACAUGGGUUGGGAUUUAAGCAAACAGCUACUCAUAGUUGACGAGUGGCGCAUAUCAGGCUCUCAGUUACCAGCCCGGCGUAUAUCCAUCGAAGAAAGAGGAACCAGUUAUGGAAUCAGAAGAGAUUCUGGUUCGAAGGUAGACUCGUUUGGAGACAUCAUUGAUAAUGAACUGCUCCUAGAUGAUCAAGCUGGAAGGGGUGAGUUUACAAUUGAACCAGAAGUAGACACAGUUAAAGCAGACAACAAUUCAUAGAUUUAACACAUCAGAUAAUACUUGAUAAAGAAGUGAAACCAAAGUCAAUUAUUAAGUGCUAAGCUACAAAAUAGCAAUACAAAGAAAAUCAUGAAGUGCAAAUCAUUUAAUUUAAGCCGUCCAAUGAAACAUAUUUUGUACACAUAAUUUACUUGGACUUUGUUGUUAAAUAAAUAUUUACUUUGAAUCUGAAAUGGUAUAUUGUUAUAAAUAAUACAUCAACUUGUAACUAUGUAUCUGUUUUUUAAAUAUUUACCAAAUAAAAGAAAGAUACAUUACUCAA